AUGGUCUCCCCUGGCCGCUGCCGUCGACGGUGCCGACCGAAGGCGGCGGGUGGGUGGGCGCGCCCCGUCGGGCUCCCUUCGCGCGGAGGCGAGGUGACAAGCGGGCGGCGAGGAGGUGUGGUGGUGCUGGUCGAGAGGCGCGGGGGAGGAGUUGGGAUGCAUAACGGAGGCCCCGGUGGGGCUGUGGAGGUCCUGGAGCAGGUCGGCGCUGCACAGCAGAGGGCCCUGGAGGAGAUCUGGUGGCGGCGACCCGUGCUGAUCCGAGCCCGAUCUGGGCUUUGUGGGCUGCUCGCGCAGAAGUGCCAUGAUUGGCCACUCGAAGCUGGAGUGCUUGCAUCAGCAGCUACGGGCGGGGGUGGAGGACCCUCUGCUAUGCGGGAGGUGGAUGGUGGGCUGAGGCAGUGGUCUCGCUACGUGCAGGAGGUGGAAGACGGUGUGCUCUCAUUGUGCGACUAUACGGACGAAAGUCCUGCCCGUCUCCGGUCGGUGCAGGUGGCGACGGUGCUCAUGGGUGUCGUUUUCCUCCUUGGAGGCGUCACCGAGUGUGUCGGCAUCUUCCUUGCUUUCCCUUAG